GAAAAGGUUACUAGCUGCUUUAUCAGGACAUGCUUCCUUUCUGCAGCGAGGGCUGAGCCAAGCAGAGUGAAAGUUGUCAUUCAUGUUAACCCUCGAGUAACUUAUUGCUGAGUCUCAUUCCACCCUGCCUGCUGUUAAUCCCGAUGUGCCAAGAGCUUGAGCAAAUAAGCUGGACGUUCCCCCGGUUCGUUCUCUGGGAACAGGUCGUUCACCCGGUGCUGUAAACGGGGCCACGAAAGAGGUGUGUGCUUUCCCAGGGGCUGGAGUGAACCUCACCUUGUUGCACUGGCCUUCACACAUGACUCAGGAGCAGAAUGAAUCACAGCUCGCAGCCUACCGAGGGCAGGAGGAGAGGAGAGCUGAGCUGAGCUGGUCGCUGAUGCAGGCUCCGAGGAGACCUCUUCAGAUGGCAGGGCUCUGAGAAGAAAUGAAGCUUCCUCUUGCUGGUGUCUGCACAUUGAAGAAACACCAGUGAAGGUGUGAUCCACCCCAGCUGCACAUACAAACAUGAAGUGCUUCUGGAUAAUCUCAUUUUUCCUGCUGCAAGACACUGGAGCUUUCCUGAUGAAAAAUGCUAAAGUCAAGCUGUGUUUACAAGCCAGCCCAACGAGUGGGAAUGUAUUGCUGGAGGACUGUAACCCAGAGUCACAUUUCCAGGACUGGUCUUGGCAAGGUGAUUCUCUGAUGAAUCGAGGCACAAAGAGCUGCCUCGCUAUGGUGGGGGCCAACAGCCUGCAGACAAGGCUCUGUAGCAGCAUGGGCUACACCAGCUGGGCCUGCUCAGAUUCGCUGCUGUCUCCUCUGGGCAGCAGCCAGGGCUACCUGGUGGCCAGCAGGAAAGGAAUUGCUCUCAGUGAUGUGCGAGGCCUCAAGGCCCAGUGGCAAGAUGUUGAAGACAGGAGCGUGUGUGAGAAGAAAGCAGCCAGGGCAGAGCAAGACCUGUACUUCCUUGCAGCCCUCACCAGUACCCAGGUGUAUGAGCACGCAACGGGCGCCCAGCAGGGGCUGGGGAUGGAUCAGAAGGAGCUGGAGGGGCUGCUCUGGUUCUUCCGCACAGAGGACCCAUCAUCAUGGAAUUACUCCAUCCUUGCACUUUCUUCCAUGGCCAUGAUUUUGGGUCUUGCCCUCCUCACCAUUAACAUUUCACGAAACAGGAAGAGGAAGCUCCUCACGUAUCAAGUAGCACAAACGGCGCCGCAGGCUGAGCUGGAAGCCAAGCAAGCCCUGAUGCCUGUGCAGCAGGAAAACAGCCCAGCUGAGCUGAAGAAACAGGAGUCAGUGCUUCAGGAUCAGAGAUCAGGAGAUGUGGUGGUGCAGUGGAAGGACGGGACCGUUACGUCUCUGUACACAGAGGGGCUUGAGGAUGCCAUAUAACGCAGCUGGAGCCAAACCUGAGGAGUGGCUCAGAACGUCUCAGAUCACAGUGAUGGAAGUAGCCUGGGAAGCAAAAAAGCAAGGGGCAGAGCCGCUCCCACAAACGUGGCCCUGGACUCCAGGCCGAGCAGUGCCUCCCUCAUUUCAGCUCCUGGCUUGCAGGUCAUUGCCCUCUGGGCUCAGCUGUCUCCAGCCCUCUCCUGUGCCAGCUUCACCCCUUCCCUCAGAUGCUGCCUCACUGCAAUUGAGUGGGAGCUGAGCUGAGGCAGAAGGUGGGAGGUGAAGGAGGGGGGGUGGAUUGCUGUGGCCAGCCAGGGAACACAGUGUCCUGUCCCAGCAGAAGAGCCAUGCUGAAGCUGAAGCACUUCUUUUCAGAAAUCAGCUUUAUUAAAAUAUUUUCCAAA